UGACGAUGGCGGAAGGGUUGGCAGCAGCCACCGAACUCGGCCCAUGGACUUCUAAAGUCUUGUGCAGGUACUUCAUGCAUGGAGUCUGCCGUGAAGGGUCAAACUGCCGCUUUUCCCAUGAUCUGAAUGGCCCACCACCAAGUAAUGUUUGCAAGUUUUACCUUGAGGGAUCUUGUACAUACGGUGACCGAUGCAGGUAUGACCAUGUCAAACCAAAAGCCAAUAGCACAAAUGGGACAACAACCUUCAGGCUGUCAUCUCAGGGAAGUCCAGACAAGAGAUUAAAACCUGCCCCCAUCAGUAAACCACCUGCAGCACCAAUAGGGAAAAUGGUCACAUUGAAGAAACAUGGUUCUGCUGGUGAAAGCCUUCCCAGCUCUCCCUUGUCCCCAUCUAUCUCAUUGCCUCAUAAGGACCCAGACCUGUGGGUGAGAGCUGCAGAGUUUGUUCCUGGAAAGCCAUACCAGCCACCAGUUAGGUCCACAUAUGCAGCUGCAACCAAAACAAGAACAGAUGACAGCGGUGAGACCAGCAGUGCCGGAACGUCCCAUGAUGCUGCAAAUGCUGGUGACUUGCUGUGUCCGUUUGCUGCCAAGGGAGAAUGUCGAUUUGGCGAGCAGUGUGCCUACACCCAUGGAGAUUUAUGUGAACUGUGUGGCAUGGCCAUCCUACAUCCUACUGACCAAGAACAGAGAGAUAAUCACAUGAAGGACUGCAUGCAGGUGUUAGAGAAGGACAUGGAAUUAUCAUUUGCCAUAGCUCAGAGUAAGGAUAAAUCUUGUGGGAUUUGCAUGGACAAAGUACUGGAGAAGCAGCCCCCUUGUGAACAGCGCUUUGGAAUUAUGUCAAACUGCAACCAUGUCUUCUGUCUGGCAUGCAUCAGGAAGUGGCGUAGCAACAAAGCCUUUGAAAACAAAAUCAUACGAUCCUGCCCUGAAUGCCGAACUGUAUCAGAUUUUGUCACACCAAGCAAAUACUGGGUUGAAUCUCGAGAGGAAAAGGAUAAACUGAUAGAAGGCUAUAAAAAAGCUUUGAGUGGAAAACCCUGCCGCUAUUUCGACCAAGGCCGAGGAGAAUGUCCAUUUAACGAGAAGUGCUUUUACCUCCAUGCUUAUCCAGAUGGUCGGAAAGCAGACGCACAACCACGACAACGCAGACAUCGAGCUAACGCUGACGGAGACCUUGAUCUGUUGCAGCAGAUACUACUUUGGGAUUUCUUUGAAGAGAAUCAAAAUCAAGUAGUUUUGGAAUUGCAACUAGCAGACGAGUUGGACCACUUACUGACCCUAGCAGCAGCAGAUUUGUUGGGAGAUUCGUCUGAUAGUGAUUUUGAUGAUGUCAUAUGGUAGCCCUGCUAAGCAAAAAACCAUCAAAGGUAUCCCCAGUAGCUAUUUGACUUCAUGUUAUAGUCUCAGGUCUUUGUCAUGUUUGGCUAAGGGUUAUAUACGUGUCCUAUAGAUGGCAAGUGUUGGUUAUGUGGAAUAGCUAGACUCGGCAUUUAUGACACUAGUAUUUGGAACAGUUUUCUUUCUGUGAUAAUAUAAAUGAAAAAAUACGCCAUUGUUUGAAGCACUGUAAUUCGCAAUGGAUUUAAAAUCUUUCUUGUAUCAGGUUGUCUUAGGAUCAUGGCUUUACUAUAAAAUGUUGAGCAUGCAGUACUCUGUAUGAUAUCAUCUUGUUGCUUUAAAUAGUUGACUUUGAUUUGCAAUGCUCCAUAAGUGCACAAAGUCUGCCUGUCUUAUCAUAUAGGGUUAUAUAGUUUUCAAAAAUCUUUUGAGUGUCCCAAAUAGGUUUAUUUUUGAAGGUUGUUGAUUUCUCAUAUCUGCAAUAGUUCUUGGCACUUUUAAUCUGUUUGUAAGGUGACUGCAGUGCUAUGGUGGACCUUCCUGUUGGCAAAUUUGUUAAGGAUUAUCUGCUUUGGAAUGUAGAUACCAUGGAUUGUUUUGAGAAUUUGUUUUCUAGAAUGAGAUGAAAACCAGUGUAAGAAAAAUGCAUAGACUAGGAUGAAUCUUGAUGUUGAUAAAACAAGAUUGGAGAUUGCAUUCAAGAAGAUCUGAAAUAUUACAAUGUGUGAUUAAUGAACAUGUGAAAAUUGUCUGGCCAGAUCAAAUUUCAUAUUGGUUUGUUUUACCUAGGGUGAAAAUUCAGGCCUUCUGAGGUGGAUGCAAAUGUAGGAUUGAUUGCUUUGGUGAUUGGACAUGGAGGGUUCAGUGGCAUCAAGUUAGCAUCGUGAAAGGUGAUAAAUUAAAAGGAUAGAUUUCCAGGUUUCAUGAAUGAAAAUUUUUUCAUUGUCUGCUGUUAAGAAGGAAAAUAAUUGAUUGUGUCUUAACGAAGAAGAAAGGUUUGAUUGCCUCCUUCUAUCAGUCUGUGUGGAAUUGAGUACUGUCUGAUUCAAACUUUAUCGGUAUGCAUAUCUGUAAACUAUCUCAGAGUUGGAAGAUGACAGCACACUCCAUUUUUUCUGACAAGUCCUUUUCUUAUGAAUGUAUUUGUCUUGUAUGUUUGUAUGCCUUGGAUUCAGGGUUGCUACUUGGGUGUACAGAAGCAUUUUUAAGUAUAACUUUCUGCAAAAGUACUUUGAGAAGUAGCUUUGUUUGCACGAGCACGAAAUGGUACCAAAUCUCCUGUGAGGUAGUUCAGCUCUAGGAAAUGCCGAAAAAAGAUAUAUUUUCUCUCUGUCUCUUUCUCUCCCUGUCUGUCUUUGAAUAUAUAGAAAAAAGAUAAUCUCCCACCUGGAAAUUUAAAGGUGUAAGAAAGGGUUGAUUUAUAAAUGCUUUUUGAAUUUUUUUUUUUACUAUUAUUAUUUAUAUUACCUGCAUAUUUGAUCAAACAGGAAAUGUUUAAUGAUGCUUUAGCUCCUUAGGAAAAAAGUAGUCUUAGAUAACUCAUUGCCAGGAAAGUGCAUGCAUGCAGUGAUUUUUUUUUUUAUUGUUAUUAUUUUUCAACUAUCCAAUUGGCUUAUUGGGUAGUUGAGUUUCAGGUAGGCAUUGUGAUUUGUUACGUUCAGUGCAGAGAGUUUGAGAGUAAUUGUUUGGUGAUUUAGAGCAUAAAGAAUGUUACCUUGUGGGAGAUAAUAUCAUGUUAUGAUGUUCAAGUUUAGUUUAUAAUGUUUGGCUUGAUCAGCUAUUUUGUUUAAUAUCAUUGGAGGAGAUUGGAAAAGUGGGAAUAUUGUUCGGCCCAUCUGCAGAAGCUCUCUUGUCCAGAAUUGUUUACAGUGGUGUUGAAUCUUUUAACACCUGUAUCUCGUUACUGUUUAGGGCGUACAGGUAUGGGUAUCCAGUGCAAACAAGGCCUUCCCAAACUUGUUCGGCUGAUAAAAAAUUGUAGUAUUAAGUACAGUUUACAGAAUAAGGGAAAUGUAGGAUAUAGAUCCAUGUUAAAGGGUUCUUUCUUUUCGUUGUUUUUUGGCGUUCGUGCUCUUCUGAAAGGAAGCUAGUUACAGAACUACAUUUGCCUUGUGGGUGGCAGUUUACAAUACAUUUCAAUACAGUUUUUGCUGUUCUAGUCAUUAUCAUUUAGUGCAUACCCAAGUACAAUGUAGUGCUAAUAGAACUGCCACACAUACUGUUUUGUCAGUGAUGUUCACUGAUUUUGUUCUCAGAGUAUAUUUACUUAACUCAAAUAUCCCUCCAGCCUGCUUGUAAUACGAUGGGAAAUAACUUACUCCACUUAGUUUGAACCUCAUUGCACAGCUAGUGCUCAAUGAUGAUCUCAUAAAGGUGUGAAGUGGACGUUGACAAACAAAAUGCAUAGGGUUAUCUCCCUUGUGAGCAAUAUUUGAGGCUUGGUGGAAAAGAGGAAGGAAUUAUGAACAGCUAUUGUGAUUAAAACUUAUACCACAAGCGCCAGUAGCCCAAAGCAUUUCUAUCUCAUUGACCUCACUUGAAAGUGAAUGUUACAUGUAACAAAACAAUCUGCCUUCAUCUAGUGGCCUUGUACAGAAAUCAAGGAAUUUAUCUUGUUAUUCACAAUAUUUAUAAGCUCGUCUGAAAACAUCAUACUUUUGCUGAGUUUCGGAGAGUAAAAUUGUGGCAAGGGUACAAGGGGUAAUUUGAAAUCCUACCAACAGACUGUACUGUGUCAAGUAGCUAUCUGUGCAAGGGUUUACUUACAGUAAUUUAGGCCAACAUACCUGCAAUGUUUAUCCUGAUUUUGGAUUUUCCUUUGUCAUAAAUUAACAGUCCAACAAAAAUUGAAAAAUAUUAUGGCCAUAAAUCAGUUGACAACUGUUGCAAAGAUGUCUUCCUCUGAUGAUCACUCACAAUUCCUUGUCCCCAUUAGGUAUAUAUUGAAUGAACUGGAGGCACCAGUAGUCUGUUCCAUACACGUCAUUAACUUUCAUGAUUAACUUUUGAGACUCAGAUGUAUGCCAUUUUCA